AGAGUAAAAGGGAUCAUGGAGAUCCUGAGGAGGGUCAAAAGCAGUUAUUACUCCUCCUUUCAGGGCGUCUCUGUCAAAGUCAAUGAGGCGGUGCUGGAAGCUGAGGACAUAGAUCUGCAUCUGCGUCCUUUGAGGAGGCUUAUCACCAACCUGGAGGAGAGAAGUUUCCCUCAGGUGGACAUUUUGCUGCCCCCUCUCUUCCACACCCUUUGUCUCAUCUGGAGUCACUCCCAGUUCUACUGCACUCCUCAGCGCAUGGUUGUCCUCCUGCAGGAGUUCUGCAACCUCAUCCUGGAGAAGGCCUUUGCUUACCUGAUCCCCGAGGAACUAUUUAAGAUGGAACUUGAGGAGGGCCAGGAGAGAGUCCAAAUAACCAUUUCAGUCCUGCGCACCUUCAAGCAGCUAUUUCACACUCACCGCCAGAAUAUUCGCAGAUACUUCCAACAGAGCCAGACCAUCAAGUUUUGGGACUUUCCGGCCACGCUUGUGUUCCGGCGUUCUGACCGCAUCAUGGAAAGGUUGCUUAUGAUCGAGGAGUUAUUUGCCGCAGCGCUAGAUUUUCUGAAGCUGGAGAAAAUUGAACUUGGCGGAUCCAGAGGCAAAAUUCUCAAUGAGAUGGUCUGCACCAUGAGUGAAGAGUUCCAUGACCGUUGGCGAGCACUCAGAGAGAGCAAAUAUGACCCCUUGGACUACACUAAUGAUGAUUUUGUUCAUCAACACAAGCGUUUUAUGGAACAGAACAAGGACUUUGACCAAAGGCUGGGAACUGUCCUCAAUCUGGCCUUUCAGCACUCUAAAAACCUCAAAUCUACAUUCAAGCUGUUAAAGCUUUUUGGCAACUUGCUUGAGAGGCCGAGGAUUCAUCAGCUCUUCUCUCCUAAUUAUACUCUGCUGUUGGACAUGUUCAACCAGGAAGUAAACCAUUGGCAGUUUCUACUUAAUCAACACAGAGAUGAGGUGAGGAAAAACACUAGUGGAAGUGUGAGUUUGGGGAAAAAUAUGCCCCUAGUGGCUGGGAGGCUGAAAUGGUCGCAGGAGCUUCAGAGUCGCAUCCUGACCAACAGGAGCAAUCUAUGUCAGCUAGCUCAAAUGCCACUGGGGGGCGCUCAGGCCGAUGCCGCCUUCCAGAAGUGUGAGCGUCUUCUAGAAACUUUAGAGCGACAGGACCAGGAGCUUUUCUCAGAGUGGACUGAAGGACUGGAGGACAUCUGUCAAAGACACCUAAAGGACCCUCUGUUGACCCUUGACACCAACACGGGCCUGUUCCACGUCAACUUCAGUCCAGCUUUGACAUCAGUGCUCAGGGAGGUGAAGUAUCUGGGAAUGCUGAAAAGCCAAAACAUUCCUAAAGCAGCUCUUCAUCUCUACUCUAAACGUGAGAGACUCCAUGUGCAAACUCAGACCCUGACCUUGGUGACCCAGUGGUACAACCAGCUGCAGAGCACCAUCCUGGAUGUGGAGUUAGGACUAGUUCAAGAUGAGAUGGACAAGACCAGGCGACAGCUGGAUCCGGCCCUGGGAAAGCUGACCUGGGCCCAGGACAACCUGUGGGACUACAUGAAGACCACAAGAGAUCUUGUCCAGAGCAUUUGGAGUCGUGUCUGCAAGAGCAAAGCUAAUGUGGAGGCCAUCCAAAGCCUCAUGGGCAAACUUAGUCAGCGUGCAUGUAUUACCAGAAAGAGUCGUGAUUCUACACUUCUGGUGUUCUCUGAUAUUGAUGAAAGUAUCGCCAAACAGCACGCUCUCAUCAGCAGCACCGGAGCGCAGAUACACAUUCUUCUGCAGGAAAACCAGUCUCUCCUGGCGGUGUCCGACCUAAACAGUACCGAGUGGCAGGCUUACUCGGAUUACGUGGACCACAUGAUCUUGUCAGGCUUCUUUCGUACCAUCCGCUGCUCUCUGCAGUACCUGCUUCAGAACACAGAUGCCACCCAGCCUAUCACGCCACUGUUUGAAGUCCAGUUGAUGCUGAACAGCUGUGACAUGUGUUUUGAUCCCUCGCUUGACUUCAGCCACAGGGGCAACUUCUUUGACAUUGUGGAUAAGAUGGUUGCUAACAUUCUAAACAUGGCAUCCCUCAUCCCCAGAGUUGCUAAGCACACACAUCUGGAUAACUAUCAGAGCGACAUAAACGAGAUGAAAGAUUUGUCAGAAAUGUGCUAUACUUUACGCUCCCGAGCACGUGCAGCUAUCAACAAUGUCCGAGAAUAUCAAGGAUCGCUUGACAGCUACCGCUACCUCUGGACUGAUGACAGGUCUGAAUUUAUGAGGCAGUUUCUCCUCUACGGCCAUGUAUUAAGUACAGAGGAAGCUGAGCUUUAUGCAGACUAUGAACUGAAAAAGAACCCACCCACCCUGGAAAACUUUAAAGAGCAGAUCAAUCUGUUUGAGUCUCUGCAUGAGCGAGUCAGCAAGAUGGAGGACGGGAAGGUGUUUUGUGGCUGGCUACAGCUGGAUGUCAGACCCUUCAAGCAUACGCUGAUGAACGUCAUUAAGAGAUGGAGCUGGAUGUUCAAGGAGCACCUUCUCAACCAUGUCAACCAGAGUGUGAGGGAACUCUCUUCUUUUGUCCACGACACGGCUCAAGGUCUUUCUAACAAGGUGUCAGAUGGCGACUACGCUGGCCUGGUGGACAUUAUGGCACACCUCAUGGCCAUGAGAGACAGACAGAUCAGCAAUGAACAACACUUUAAGCCUCUCAAAUCUACAGCAGAGCUCCUCAAGACCUACGGGCAACAAAUCCCAGAGAGUGUCAAUACGCAGCUAGAAGAGCUUCCGGAGAAGUGGAAAAGUUUGAGGAAAAUUGCUUUCACAGUCAAACAUGAAGUGGCGCCGCUGCAGUCUAACGAAGUAUCCGUUAUCCGUAGGAAAUGUGUUCGUUUUGAGGUGAAGCAGUAUGAGUUCAGAGAGCGGUUUCGGCUUGAAGUCAUUUUUAAGAUCAGUGUGGAGGAACCAUAUAAAGAAAUUGAUAAGGCCAAUGGAGUAGUAUCAGCAAUGGAAGCACAAAUGAAAGCGCUGCAGGAUACAGCCGACCUGUUCGAGGUCAGCUUCCCAGACUACAAGCAGCUACGCCAGUGUCGUACUGACAUCAUACUCGUCAAAGCAGUGUGGGAUAUGGUCAUGUUUGUUAAGAGCAGCAUAGAGGACUGGACCAAGACUCCAUGGAAAGAGAUCAACGUUGAGCAGAUGGAUAUGGAGCUAAGACGUUUUGCAAAGGAGAUGAAGAUGCUGGAUAAGGAUGUACGUGUGUGGGAUGUCUACACAGGACUGGAGUCAACGGUGAAGAAUCUGUUGACCUCUCUGAGAGCAGUCAAUGAGCUGCAGAACUCUGCUGUCAGGGAGAGACACUGGCAGCAGCUAAUGAACACCACCAAGGUAACGUUUGUGAUGGGAGAAGGCACCACCCUUGGGAACCUGUUGGAAUUGCAGCUUCACCGCGUUGAGGAUGAGGUCAAAAACAUAGUAGACAAGGCUGUGAAAGAAAUGGCCAUAGAGAAGGUUUUGGCAGAGAUAAAACAGACAUGGCGUGUUCAGUCAUUGUCAUAUGAGACUCACACCAGUACUGGAAUCCCUCUUCUCAAAGCAGACGAGAACCUGAUAGAAACACUGGAGGACAACCAGGUGCAGUUGCAAAACAUCCUCAUGAGCAAGUAUGUGGAAUAUUUCCAGCCAGAAGUGAGUGGAUGGCAGAGGAAGCUGAUGGUGGCUGACCUGGUCAUCUCCUCGUGGAUGUCUGUGCAGAGGACCUGGGCCCACCUCAACAGCAUCUUCACUAACAGCCAUGACAUCCGUUGCCAGCUGGCCAGUGAUGCCGAGCGCUUCCAGGGAAUACAGAAUGACUUUCAGACUUUGAUAAGCGAGUUGGUGCAGAACAAUAACGUCCUAGAAGUGACCAACCAGCCAGGCUUCUUAGAAAGCCUGGAGACACUCCAGCAGAGGCUGUCUGUAUGUGAGAAGGCUCUGGCAGAGUAUCUGGAGACCAAGAGGCUCACAUUCCCCAGAUUUUACUUUGUGUCUGCCACUGACCUGCUGGAGAUUGUCUCCAAGGGAACACAACCUAAACAGGUAACCAGACACUUGCUAAAGCUGUUCGACAACAUAGCAGAUCUUUCCUUCAAGGAGUCAUACAGAGGUGAAGGAGGUAUUGAAGAGGAGGGGGAGGCUGUUGCCAUAGGGAUGUACAGCCGAGAGGGAGAACAUGUACCAUUCUCCGAGCCCUGUGUCUGUAAAGGACAGGCCGAGUGCUGGUUGGGUGCCUUGGAGAAUACCAUGCGCUGCACCAUUCAGAAGGAGAUCCAGGAGGCGGUAGCUGCCUAUGAGGACAAAGCACGUGACCAGUGGCUCUUUGACUACCCUGCACAGGUUGGGUUGACUGGUAGUCAAGUGUGGUGGGCCACAGAUGUGGGAAUUGCCUUUGCACGUGUGGAGGAAGGAUUUGAUACGGCUCUAAAAGAAUAUAAUAAAAAACAGAUCACACAGCUCAACUCACUGAUCCACAUGCUCCUUGGCGAUUUGACACCUGGAGACAGACAGAAAAUUAUGACCAUCUGCACCAUAGAUGUCCACGCUCGAGAUGUAGUGGCCAAUCUCAUUGCUCAAAAGGUGACAACAGGACAAGCGUUUGCGUGGCUCUCCCAGUUGCGCCACCGUUGGGAUGAUGAAACGCGACACUGUUACGUUGAUAUUUGUGAUGCCCGGUUCCGGUUUAGUUAUGAAUACCUGGGGAACACCAACAGGCUUGUCAUCACCCCUCUUACUGACAGGUGUUACAUAACUCUGACCCAGUCGCUCCAUCUGACUAUGAGUGGCGCACCCUCAGGCCCAGCAGGUACCGGUAAGACAGAGACUACCAAGGACCUGGGUCGCUCCCUGGGUAUUAUGGUCUAUGUAUUCAACUGCUCAGAACAGAUGGACUACAAGUCUAUUGGGAACAUUUAUAAGGGUCUGGCUCAGACUGGAGUGUGGGGCUGCUUUGACGAGUUCAACAGGAUCUCGGUGGAAGUGCUUUCUGUGGUCGCUGUGCAGGUGAAGACUAUACAGGAUGCUGUACGCAACAAAAAACACAGGUUCAAUUUCCUUGGAGAAGAAAUAGAACUAAAGCAAACAGUGGGAAUUUUCAUCACGUUGAACCCAGGUUAUGCCGGCAGGGCCGAGCUGCCAGAGAACCUCAAGGCUCUCUUCAGGCCCUGUGCUAUGGUAAUCCCAGACUUUGAGCUCAUCUGUGAGAUCAUGUUGGUAGCAGAGGGCUUCAUUGACGCUCGUCUGUUGGCACGCAAGUUUAUUAGCCUUUACACACUCUGUAAAGAACUGCUCUCGAAGCAGGAUCAUUAUGAUUGGGGUUUAAGGGCCAUCAAAUCAGUUCUGGUGGUGGCUGGCUCACUGAAAAGAGAGGAGCAUAGCAGACCUGAAGAGCAGGUGCUGAUGCGGGCGUUAAGGGACUUCAACCUGCCUAAGAUUGUGACUGGUGAUGUUCCUAUAUUUCUAGGCCUUAUUAGUGACCUCUUCCCUCAGUUGGACGUUCCACGGAAAAGAGACUCUCAACUGGAAAAUGCUGUCCGCCAGUCAGUUAGUGAGCUCUGCCUCCAGGCAGAAGAAAACUUCAUACUCAAGGUGACUCAGCUGGAGGAGCUUUUGGCUGUCAGACACUCUGUAUUUGUAGUAGGUGGACCAGGAACUGGAAAGAGCCAGAUCCUGAAGACCCUCCAUAGGACCUAUGCAAACAUGAAGAUGAAGCCAGUGUGGCAUGACAUCAACCCAAAAGCCGUGACUACAGAUGAGUUGUUUGGAUAUCUGCACACUGUCACCAGAGAGUGGAAGGAUGGCGUGUUCUCCACCACUAUGAGAGAACUGACAUCAGUUACCCAUGAUGGCCCCAAAUGGAUUGUUCUAGAUGGGGACAUUGACCCCAUGUGGAUUGAGUCUCUCAACACCGUUAUGGACGAUAAUAAAGUAUUAACUUUAGCAAGUAACGAGAGGAUCAGUUUGUCCUCCUCCAUGCGUCUCCUCUUUGAGAUAUCCCACCUAAAAGCUGCUACCCCGGCGACUGUGUCCAGAGCGGGAAUACUCUACGUCAACCCCCAGGACCUUGGCUGGAGCUCUUAUGUGGCAAGCUGGAUAGAGACCAGACAGGCUCAAUCUGAACGGGCCAACCUCACCAUUCUAUUUGACAAGUACGUGCCCUACUGUCUGGAACAAGUCCGCUGCAACUUAAAAACCAUCACCCCAAUUCCAGAAAACAGCAUGGUGCAAACGCUGUGUUCCUUGUUGGACUGCCUGCUGUCAGAUGACAAUGCUCCCCCUGACUCCCCAAGAGAACUUUACGAGGUUUACUUUGUCUUUUCCUGCGUCUGGGCUUUUGGAGGAGCGCUCUUCCAGGAUCACUUACAUGACUACCGUGCUGAAUUCAGCCGCUGGUGGUCCAAGGAAAUGAGAGCUGUGAAGUUCCCCUCCCAAGGAACCGUCUUUGACUACUUUAUAGACCCCGAGACCAAAAAAUUUACCCCCUGGAGCGAGAAGAUGGUUCCUUUUGAACUGGAGUCUGAUGUGCCUCUGCAGACGGUGCUGGUCCACACCCCAGAAACCAUCUGUCUGACGUAUUUCAUGGACCUGCUGCUACAUCGAGGCAAACCUAUCAUGUUGGUAGGCAACGCAGGGGUGGGGAAGACCAUACUGGUGUCUGAUAAAGUCACCAAGCUGAAAGAGGAGUACAUGGUGGCCAAAGUCCCAUUUAACUACUACACCACCUCAGCAAUGCUGCAGCGUGUCCUGGAGAAGCCACUGGAGAAGAAAGCUGGCCGUAAAUUUGGUCCUCCCACCACAAAGAAACUCAUCUACUUCAUCGAUGACCUUAACAUGCCCGAGGUGGAUGUGUAUGGGACGGUCCAGCCACACACUCUCAUACGGCAGCACCUGGACUACAACCACUGGUAUGACAGACAAAAGCUGACAGUAAAGGAGAUCAGUAACUGUCAGUACAUCACCUGCAUGAACCCCACAGCUGGGAGCUUCUCCAUAAACCCUCGACUACAGAGACAUUUCUCAGUGUUUGCAGUCCAUUUCCCCAGUGCUGAUGCAUUAGCCACCAUCUUCUCCAGCAUCUUGUCAGCUCACUUCCUGCAGGGGGGAUUCAGCUACGGCGUCUCUCGAUCAGUCGGAACUCUCAUUCAGGCUGCCAUUUCUUUGCACCAGAAAAUCAGUCAGAACUUCCUGCCCACAGCCAUACGCUUCCAUUACAUCUUCAACCUGCGAGAUCUUGCCAACAUCUUCCAGGGCAUUUUGUUUGCCCCGCCUGACUGUAUUCGAUACCCCAUGGACCUUGUUCACCUGUGGCUCCAUGAGAGCUCCAGGGUAUACUCGGACAAACUGAUGGAAGAGAAAGACGUGGAGCUCUUCAACAAAAUCCUGCUGGACACUGGCAAGAGAUUUUUUGAGGGAAUAGAUGAAUCCAUUUUCAUCCACCAGCCUCUGGUGUACUGUCACUUUUCUCAAGGUGUGGGAGAGCCUCGCUAUCACCUGGCUUCAGACUGGGAGAAACUCCAAAAGGUGCUUGUUGAUGCUCUGGAGCAUUAUAAUGAGCUGCAUGCUGUCAUGGACCUGGUGCUGUUUGAGGAAGCUAUCCAGCAUGUGUGUCGAAUAAGCCGCAUCCUGGAAGCUCCGUACGGUAAUGCCCUGCUCGUGGGGGUGGGCGGCAGUGGGAGGCAGAGUCUGUGUCGGCUGGCUGCCUUCCUCAGCUUGCUGGAAGUUUUCCAGAUCACAUUGCGUAAAGGAUACAGCUUCAAUGACCUCAAAAGUGAUAUAGCAGCCUUGUACAUAAAAGUAGGAGUGAAGAACAUCGGUACAGUCUUCCUUCAUACGGAUGCCCAGAUUCCUGAUGAAUGCUUCCUGGUACUCAUAAAUGACAUGCUGGCGUCAGGAGACAUCCCAGACCUGUUUAGUGAUGAAGAAGUAGACACAAUCAUGUCGUCAGUGCGCAUGGAACUGCGAGGUUUAGGACUUGUAGAUUCCAGAGAGAACUGCUGGAGCUUCUUUAUUGAAAGGAUACGAAGACAGCUCAAGGUGGUGUUGUGCUUUUCCCCAGUGGGGUUCACACUGCGGACACGUGCACGGAAGUUUCCAGCUCUGGUCAACUGCACGGCUAUUGAUUGGUUCCACCCGUGGCCUCAGCUCGCGUUGCAGUCUGUCAGCUCCACUUUCAUAGAGAAGAUACCUGGACUGGAGCCAAAUGUGAGAUCGUCUAUCAGUGAGUUUAUCUCCUAUGCACACACCAGUGUCAAUGAGGUGAGUGUCAAGUACCAGCAGAAUGAGAAGCACUUUAACUACACCACCCCAAAGAGUUUCCUGGAGUUCAUGAAGCUUUACGGCAACCUGCUGGGGAAGAAACGAACAGAGCUUAGCCAGAAGACAGAAAGACUAGAGAAUGGCCUGCAGAAGCUGCAAAGCACAGCCUCCCAGGUGGAGGAUCUGAAAGCCAAGCUUGCAGUGCAAGAGGUUGAGCUUUGGCAGAGGAACACGGACAUUGAGGCUCUCAUUGCUAAAAUCGGACAACAGACAGACAAGCUCAACCAAGAGAGAGCGGUUGCUGACACUGAGGAGCAAAAGGUGGAAGCAAUUCAAGCCGAGGUAAGCAAACAGCAGCGAGAGACAGAGAGCGACCUGGCUAAGGCUGAACCAGCCCUACAAGCUGCUAUCGAAGCCCUCAAUACACUCAACAGGUUGAAUCUGACCGAGCUCAGGACGUUCCCAAACCCUCCGGCUAUCGUCAGCAAUGUUACUGCAGCUGUUUUGGUGCUGCUCGCUCCUCAGGGCAAGAUUCCCAAGGAUCGCAGCUGGAAGGCGUCCAAGGUGGUCAUGAGCAAGGUGGAUGACUUCCUGCAGGCCUUGGUCAACUUUAACAAGGAGCACAUCCCAGAGGCCACAGUGAAGGUUGUGAGGGACGAGUACCUUAGUGACCCCGAGUUCAACCCUGAGUUUGUGCGGCACAAAUCCUCCGCAGCAGCUGGACUCUGUGCCUGGGUGAUCAAUAUGAUCCGAUUCCAUGAGGUACUUUGUGAAGUGGAGAUGAAGAGAAUGUGUCUGUCGCAAGCCAAUGCUGACUUAGCUGAAGCAGCCGAGAAGCUCCAGGUCAUCAGGAAGAAACUCGCUGAGUUGGAUGGCAGCCUGGAAGAGCUGACAAGCGCAUACGAGAAAGCCACUUCAGAAAAACUGCAUUUUCAAGACGAUGUUAACCGCACCAACAAGACAAUCGAAUUAGCCAAUCGCCUGGUCAAAGGGCUGCAGAGUGAAAAUGUGCGUUGGGCCCACUCGGUGGCACAGUACCAUGAACAGGAGGCCACUCUUUGUGGAGACGUCCUCCUAACUGCAGCCUUCAUCUCUUAUGCUGGGUCCUUUUCCAAAAAGUACCGCAAGGAGCUGCUGGACAACCUAUGGAUGCCCUUCCUCCUCAGCCAGAAGAUAUCCAUUCCCAUGACUGCAGACUUGGAUCCAGUGUCCAUGCUGACGGAUGAUGCAAUGAUAGCCCUGUGGAAUAACGAAGGCCUGCCAGGAGACAAAAUGUCCACUCAGAAUGCCACCAUCCUCACAAACUGUGAACGCUGGCCUCUCCUUAUUGACCCUCAGCUGCAGGGCAUCAAGUGGAUCAAGAGUCGCUAUGGUGGUAGCCUCAAAGUUGUCAGUCUUGGUCAGAAAGGCUACGUUGAUGUGAUCGAGCAAGCUGUAGUAUCAGGAGACACCGUCCUCAUCGAAAACCUUGAGGAGACUAUUGAUCCGGUUAUUGACCCCCUCCUGGGACGACACACCAUCAAGAAGGGAAGCUGUAUCAAAGUGGGAGACAAGGAGUGCUUCUUCCAUCCCAGCUUCAGACUCAUCCUUCACACUAAACUGGCCAACCCGCACUAUAAGCCGGAGAUUCAAGCCCAGACCACCCUUAUUAAUUUUACUGUGACCAGGGACGGCUUGGAGGACCAACUGUUGGCUCAGGUCGUCAACCAGGAGAGGCCCGACCUCGAGCAUCUCAAGAGUGAACUGACCAAACAGCAGAACAUGUUUAAGAUUGAGCUAAAAGUUCUAGAAGACGAGCUGCUGACCAGGUUGUCUGCAGCAGAGAGUAACUUCCUGGGGGACGAUGUGCUGGUGGAGAAGCUGGAGAGCACAAAGCAUACUGCUGCUGAGAUUGAGAUGAAGGUUCUGGAAGCUAAAGUCAAUGAGGUGAAGAUAAACGAAGCCAGAGAGUAUUACCGUCCAGUCGCUGUCAGAGCUUCCCUGCUCUACUUCAUCAUGAACGACCUGAACAAGAUCAACCCCAUGUACCAGUUCAGCCUCAAGGCAUUCAAUGUCGUUUUCCAUAAGGCGGUGGACAUGGCUGAGGCCUGUGAGGACGUGACCAGCAGAGUGAACACUCUAAUAGACUGUGUUACCUACUCCACCUUCAAUUACAUCAGCAGGGGGCUCUUUGAGAGGGACAAGCUCACCUUCAGUGCACAACUGGUCUUCCAGUUGUUCAUGAUGAGUAAGGAGAUAGAUGUACGUGAGCUUGACUUUCUAUUACGCUUUAACAUCGACCACGUUUAUGUCAGUCCUCUGGACUUUCUUUCCAAUGCUGCAUGGAGCGCCAUCAAGGUGAUGAGUUUCACUGAUGAGUUUCGGGGUCUAGACCGGGAUAUUGAAGGCUCUCCUAAGCGCUGGAAGAAGAUGGUGGAGUCCGAGUGUCCAGAGAAGGAGAAGUUUCCACAGGAGUGGAAAGGCAAAAGCUCCCUGCAGAAGCUCAUCAUGAUGAGAGCUCUGCGACCCGACCGUAUGACUUAUGCUGUCAGGAACUUUGUGGAGGAGAAGCUCGGGGUGAAAUAUACAGAAGGUCGUAAGACAGAAUUUGCAAAGUCCUUCAGAGAAAGUGGUCCAGCCUCUCCCAUGUUCUUCAUUCUCUCACCUGGAGUGGACCCUCUUAAAGAUGUGGAGUCUCUUGGAAGAAAACUGGGCUUCACCAUCGACCUUGGCAAGCUUCACAACGUGUCCUUGGGUCAGGGCCAGGAGGCUGUGGCUGAGGUUGCCAUGGAAACCGCUGCAAAGGACGGUCACUGGGUUAUAUUGCAGAACAUUCAUUUGGUUGCUCGCUGGCUGGGCUCACUAGAGAAGCUUCUGGAACGCUACUGUGAGGACAGCCAUCCUGACUACAGAGUAUUUAUGAGUGCGGAGCCUGCACCAACCACUCAGGAACACAUUAUUCCACAGGGAAUUCUGGAAAAUGCCAUCAAGAUCACCAAUGAGCCUCCCACAGGCAUGCAUGCUAACUUGCAUGCAGCUCUGGAUAACUUUGACCAGGACAUCCUGGACCAGUGUAGCCGUGAGCAGGAGUUCAAGACCAUCCUCUUCUCUUUGUGUUACUUCCAUGCCUGUGUGGCCGAGAGGCGGAAGUUUGGACCCCAGGGGUGGAACAGGAAGUAUCCCUUCAACACAGGAGAUCUAACCAUAUCUGUUAAUGUCCUGUAUAACUACUUGGAGGCUAAUGCACAGGUGCCAUGGGAAGAUUUGCGAUAUCUGUUUGGUGAGAUCAUGUACGGAGGACACAUCACGGAUGACUGGGACAGAAGACUCUGCAGAACCUACCUGGAAGAAUACAUGCAGCCCAACCAGUUUGACCGUAAGCUUGCAUUGGCGCCCGGAUUUUUUGUUCCAUCCAACCUGGACUACCAGGGGUACCAUGACUUCAUAGAUGAGAUGCUGCCCCAUGAGAGUCCUGUGCAUUAUGGGAUGCACCCCAACGCAGAAAUUGACUUCCUGACUGUGACAUCAGAUAAUUUAUUCCACACUCUGCUGGAACUGCAGGCUCCUGAUGCUGUGAUGGGGGAGGGUGUAUCAGGGACCCUGGAGGAGAAGGUGAAAACAGUCUUGGAUGAGUUGCUGGAGAAGCUCCCAGAGCAGUACAACAUGACCGACAUCACCUCCAAGACAGCUGAACGCUCGCCUUACAUCCUGGUGUGUUUCCAGGAGUGUGAGCGCAUGAACAUGCUCAUCUCAGAGAUACGUCGCUCCCUCAAGGAGCUGGACCUGGGACUUAAAGGUGAGCUUGCCAUCUCCCCUGAGAUGGAGAAGUUGCAGGCAGCUUUGUUUCUUGACAACGUUCCAGACUCAUGGACCAAGCUGGCCUACCCGUCCACUUACAGCCUGGCUAUAUGGUAUAAUGAUGUGUUACAGCGCUGUAAAGAACUAGACAGCUGGACCCAAGACCUGUCCCUGCCCACUGUUGUGUGGCUGAGUGGACUCUUUAACCCACAGUCCUUCCUCACAGCUGUGAUGCAGAGCCUGGCCCGUAAGAACGAGUGGCCCCUGGAUAAAGUCAACUUGACUGUGGAUGUGACCAAGAAGUUUAAGGAGGAGUUCAACCAGCCUGCUCGAGAGGGAGCAUAUGUAUAUGGACUUUACAUGGAAGGAGCCAGAUGGGAUACUCAGGCCGGAGUGAUCACAGAAGCUCGUUUGAAGGAGCUGACACCGGCCAUGCCUGUCAUCUCUGUCCGAGCGGUGCCCAACGACCGCCAGGAGACCAGGAACAUCUAUGAGUGUCCUCUCUACAAGACCAAGAUCAGAGGGCCCACGUAUGUUUGGACGCUGAGCUUGAAGACAAGAGAGCGACCUGCCAAGUGGGUCCUGGCUGGAGUGGCUCUGCUUCUCAGCGUGUGACUUGACUAUUACUUUACCCUUUAUUAGGUAUACACGAAUUGGAACUUAAUCAUUUUACUUUUAUGGUAUAUAUAAAGUGUAAUCAUAAAAAUUGCAUCAAAUUCAUAAAACUGUCCAUCUCAUAAAAUCUUUUUGCAAUUUAACAUGCAAUAUACAGCAUUCUAAAAACACUAUACAAUUCUUAAUAGUCAUAUAAGUGUAAAAAUAAGUUAACUUUAACAUUAAAGGGCCCUGUAUGCAGUGGGUUCCUCAAGCUGCCGAGAGGGUGCCAACAUUUGAACAUACUACAAACACAUACAGCCCCAAACUAGUUGUGUUCUUUGCCAGCUAAUGAUAGUAAUUUGACAAAGUUUAGCUACAUUAACCUUUUUUGAAUGUAUAGCCUAUCAUAACCACGACUACUACUACUACUACUACUACUACUACUACUACUACUACUGCUGUGUUAUGUGUAUGUAGGUGAAUAUAUGACAGCAACAUACAGUAUUUUAUUCAGGCUGAACAACAAUUUAUUUGGAUGUGAUUGUGAAAAGUAGAUAUUUGUGUGUCAAAUCUGUUCUUUUAAACCACUAUUUAUUUAUUGGUGAUGUGUAUUUAUUAAUAUUAAGCAUUAUCAUUUGCAAUUUGAUCAAAUGAAUGAGAAAAUCAAUUCUGUUGUGAAAAACCGCCAAGUGGUUGAGAGUUAAUUUUCCAAAUUGUACAACCUUAAGGGAAUUUGGCUUUAUAUGUUCUGCUGUACAACAUGCACAAUGUGAGUUGGAGGAUGCCCGGUGGGAUACGUUGUGAGCGUU